AUGGUGGACAGUAUCGCGAACUUGGUGUUGAAGGCGAAAGCUCAAUUCUCCCAUCUGCUGCAAGUCGCCCAGGGCUCAUCAUCUCAUCCAUCACCUCUGAAAACUCUCCGAAAGCUUGAGGAUGAGCAGGUUAGAUUCAAAAUUUGGGCUGGAAACGUUGGCGCGCACAAAACCGACCGCUCCUCCCUUGAGUAUCGACUCCGCGAUGCGUCGAAUUUAAGACUUCAUGUUCGGAAGCUCCUGACGGAACUUAUCGAAAACAUUGAUGAUGCUAUCAAGGCUUUCAAGGACCUGGAAUCGCCACCAAGCACGCUCGAUGGUAGCAGCCAGAGCCAUGAGGACAUAGUCACAGAGCUUGACGCAAUCAUGGAAGACUUUCCUGAUAUCAUCAAUUGUCUCAUGCGACUCGUUAUCAUGAUUCAGAAUCCAGUGCGAUCGGAUCGCUUCAGUGGAGCGAAGCUUACAGACACCACGGCGUAUGAGUAUCACGAUAUCCAACACGUGAGCGCAAAAUUCGAGGGAAUUGAUGAUCAGCUUGCGCAGCUCCUAGGAAAGGCAAUCUCGAGUCGGCUGGCAUCUUCUAUCCCCGAUUACUUGAAGCAACUUUCGCAGAUUAAUCAGCAACAUGUAUACGACGACCUACGUCCGUACAACUGCCUGGCCGAAGACUGCAUUACGCCAGGUAGAGAGUUCGGCAAGAGACAUCAGUGGAUGGAACACAUGCUGCAGCGUCACUUAAGGUCUGCAGAACACUUGGAGACGCAACAUCGGAAGAUGGUACGCGGCGACCAGAUCGACAACCUAGUUAUGCUGAGUUCUCAACCCUUGGAUGAGGGCGCGAAAGUUCCUUGCCCACUUUGUUUCGAGACCAUGCCAUCGCUGCAGAACUACCAACGUCAUGUUGGUAAGCAUCAACGGCAGCUAGCCUUGUUUGCCCUUCCCAUCAACAAUUAUGCGGAUGAAGAUACCUCAAAGAUUGGCAAGGCUACGGAGGAAAACUCAGGUUUGGACUCAAACACUGAUUGCUCAGAGACUGAGGACGAGCUAGAGCCUGAACUCUCGGCCGCGGAAAAUUGGGAGCAACAGGUCGAAACGCCGCCAGAAGAACAACGUGGGCACCAGCCAACCCCAUCAACCUCGAGUAGUCGAGCUUCAUCGCCUGUCAGAAUGAACGAAUACUUCGUGCCACAAGACGGCAUAGAUCGGGAGGUCAUCACUACUGAUGUCCGCCACCAUCUCGGAGACGACGCCUCAGUGAGCCCUGGACAUUAUGAAAACCCUCAAACUGGGCAGGACACCCAGGGCUACCACAUCACAUCCUCCUUCAACUUAACAAACGUCAUGUUUGACUUUUCGAAGGUUGACCCUGCACGAUGGGAAGCGGAGAGGCAGCGACGAGCAGCACAAAGUCCUGCAGGUAUGAGCACUGGUAGGAAACCUGAAUAUCUGGAACGAGCUCACGCGUUUGCAGCCGAAAACUCGUCGCCUGAUGGAUCCCUUUCUUAUCCCAAGCAAUACUCCGGCCAUCCAGCGCCUGAGUAUCAGACCGAGGUAGAACAAGAAGCGUACAGCAACGCGAAUGAUUAUUCCACGUCCGCGUUGAUGCAAAGAUUACAAAUAUAUAUAGAGGACACAGAUGAUCUUCAAGAUCGGCUCAAUACCGGAGGUCGAGGGAUCGAACAACAGCAAACUGAGGAUAUAUUGCUUCUUCAAGGCGAUGCCGUCUUAGUGGACCACCUCGGAAACGGCACACAGCCAGAUAUCGCCCAGGCCGCCGCUCUAGAACCCUUAAGCUCCAACAACGAGCCCGGCGAGUCGAGUCCGGCAGCCUGGCUUCAUGAUAAGAGCGGCGCAGACGACAAUUCUAUGCGAGACUUCACCCCUAGAUACCCUCGACCUUUUGCAGGAAAUGGCGGGGUUUCCCGAGAAGAAGCGUACGAAGAGGCGGAACAUGACGACCGGCAUCGCAGAACAACUCUUGAUUUCUUGGACCUUGCCCAACGGAAGUAG